UCGCCCGUAAUAUUUAAUGGAUGCAGCGCCGCUGACAUGUGGCCCAAACUUCAACUGCUAGCAGCGACGGCCGCUGUCAUUGGCAUCUGUCUGCUGGCCACGGCCAGGGUAGCCCACGCAGCCGACUCCACUGGCAGCACCACCUCCCUGCCGCUGCCUCUGCAGCCGCCGGCAGCGCCACAGAAUGCGACAACGCCAACGAGCAAAGACAACAGCGACAACUCCGAUGACGCUUUGACUGACACUCUGGAGGCGGUGCUUAAUAAGCAGGCCGGAGCUGGAGCCAGCGCGCUGGAGGUCAUCCAUGAUCCGCCCCAGCCCAGAGAAGUGCUUAGGGAAACGGAGCUGAAAUCAAUCGAAGAGACAACGCAACAACAAUUUGUGGGCGUGCCUGGCUUUCUGCCCACCGUGAUACCCAAUCAGGAGGAGAGCAGCAGCGUGGACACGCCCACAAAUGGGCAUGGCUACAUACAGUUCGAUCUGAGUGAAGAGCAGCCCAGGCCAAUUGUGAGUGGCGAGAGAAAGGCCAAGUCGAAGAAGGAGACGGUGAACGAGGUGCUCUUGAAUCUGUUCCCCAACGGCUUCUCCGACAUCUUUCGCUACAGCGGCAGUGAGCCCAACACAGAGACAGUCACCGAGGAGCCAAGCACAACCACGACAACCACAACUACUGCAAGCAGCGCUGUGGUGCAUGCCACCACGGCCUUGGAGUCGAGUGCCCCCACAGAGGCCACGACGCUGCUGCCGCCCAGGAAUGAGACCUAUUACAGCUACCAGACGACGGUGACGAGGGAGUACCGGCGCGAGCUGCGCCCGGGGCACACACAAAUCGUGGUGGAGAAGAUCAGCAGUGCUGAGCGGGAGCCGUUCAGGGACGGCAGCAAUCACAUCACUCGGGAUGAGCUGCUGCGCAUCAAUCGCGCCGCAGUCGCAUCUCCAGUGCUGCCCAGCAUGCUGCUGCGUCCCGAGGCCGAGGGUGAGGACAAUGAGACUCUCGUCGCCGCCGAGAGUGCACCCAUUGUCAUACUCGGCGAGCAGGAGCCCGAAUUCGAGGACGGUCAGGGCAUUGAGGACAAUCAGAUUGCCGAGACGCGUCACACGGAUCAGCAGCACUACGAGCGUCGUCUGCCGGCUCCUGCUCGCAGCGCUGACACCAGUGAGAGCUACAACAGCCAGAGUGGCCCGGCCGCGAAGCAGGAGAUCAAUGUCCACAUUGUGCACGACGAGUCGUUGGCCAGGAUACCGGACGAGCCCAAGUCGCAGCCUCAGCAGCAGCUCGAUCACUUCCAGACUCGUGGCGAGCAGCAUUUCCAGCAGCAGCAGCAGCAGCAAACGCAGGAGGCGCCGUCUCGACAGUUUCUCAAAACCUUCAAUCCCAAAAUAUCAGACAGUGCCGACAGGCCCAUACCAAAGGGCAGCUUCCACUACGAGGCCAACAGUCCCCCGCAGCGCAUCAUUGCCAAGCAGCCCAAGGAAAUCGCCUACGACAGUCCCUUCAUCAGACCUGCAGCUCAGUUGGGCCCUCAGCAGGAGUUUAGUCUGCAGCAACCGCAGAACCCUCAAUCCAAACUCAAUACGCAGGCAAUCGCAUCGUCUUCGUCCGACAACGCUGUCACGCCUGCUCCUGUCGAGUAUUCCAAUUACGGGGGGCCCUAUGUUACGAUACACUCCCAUAGCCCGACACCAGCUGCUCCUGUUCCGGCUCCUGCUCAGCAUGCAGAGCAGCAGCCACAGGUGCCGCUGCUGCCCAGCCCACAUGAAUAUGUCUCGGAAGCAGCUGCCGAGCCCUCCCAGCGCCACUUGCAGCACGCCGCGCCCCCCAACUCCAUAGCCCACUCACAGUCCCAGCCGGAAACGCAGCUCCUGGUUAAGCCCAAUGGCUACACUUUCGUGGAAGUGCAGAAAUCGGUCAACAUCCACAACAAACUCAUUACAGAGAAGGAUGGCCGAUUGGUGGAGAUGCAUGAGACCAUUUAUCAGCCGCCGCCGUAUGACCAGAACUACUAUGGCUCCCACUCUCUGGGCUACAGUCCCAAGGACUAUGUCUCCUCGCCAUCCGCGCCACCACCACCCCCACCGCCUCCUCCUGCUUCUACCAACUAUGUCUCCCUAGCCGCGAAUCCCAUCAAUGUGGAGCAGGUGGAGAGCGCGGACAGCUCACCCCAAGAGGGCGCCAUCUCGCAUGCCAGCAUUAACAUUGAUGUGUCUCAUCAUUCCAGUGGCCACAGCCCGGAUACACAGCAUGGGGCAACCGUGGUGGAGAAGCAUGUGCCACAGCCGUAUGCGGUGCCCGUUGAGAAAAUCGUCGAGCGGCCCGUGAAGCAAAUCGUGGAGAAACACAUCGCAGUGCCCUACGCCGUGCCCCAGCCAGUGCCGGUGCCCGUUCACGUCGAGCACUACGUGGACCGUCCCUAUCCCGUUGAGACCAUUGUGCAACAGCCGGUGCCCUAUCCCGUGGAGACAAUUGUCGAGAAGAUCGUCGAGAAGAAGGUGCCCUACGAGGUGGAGCGCAUCGUCGAGAAGCCCGUCGAGGUGGAGAAGAUCGUGGAGAAGUACAUAGACCGUCCCAUGGCCGUACCCAUUCACGUGCCCGUCGCCAUUCACCUGCCCAUGCCGCCCAACCACUCGCCCGGCUUCAACUUCGGCUCUCAUCCCAACGCAGUGCAUCCCUGGACGCACGCCUCGGUCGCCCACGUGCCGCCAAAGGUUCUACAGAACUACUACACGCGCAUGCUGAAGAAGCUGCUGCCCCAGUUCCAGGUCCCCAAGGCAACCGCUCCAAAGGCGGCGCCGGCAAAGACCUCGGCCAAGGCGGUGCUGGUGAAGCCGCCGACCCGGCCAGUGCGCGGCGAGGCGCCCAAGGUGGCCACCUUCAGCUUGGAGGACAUGCGCUACGAUCUGCGCCCGCCGCCACCCCCGCAGGGCUCACCCUGGCUGCAGGGCGCCCGCUACAUAUACAACACCCUGCCCUCCGACCUAUCGGCGGCAGCGGCCUCGGCGCCCGCGCACAUGGUCAAGUCCUACAUCGGACCCGUGCCCACCACCAGCACCACCAGCGAGAACAACGGCAGCGAGUUCGACGAGUUCCAGCGCUGGCGCAACGGCCACAGCCUGAAACGCAGCCCUGACUUCGGACGCAACCUGCACAUGGAGUACGGCUUCAAGCCGCCCCUGGUGCCCUCCGUGGAGAUCGACGACAAGGGCAUGCCCCUGAAGCAGGCGGAGCCAGAGGCGCAGUAGCUCGACCUGCAGUUGAGCAGUGGAAAUGAAAAGCGUGCCAAAAUAUACAGCUUAUUAGUUGAUAAUGUCU